UUAAAUGAAACCUGGUCACACUGAUUACAAUGUACUCUGUGCCCCGUCUGUGCCCAUAAUGUACUCUUUGUUAAAAACUCUUUGGUUACAAAAUUUUGUCAAUAAAUUAUGUGUUUUUUUAAAUUGAUUGUAAUUUUGCACAUAUACGAUAAACCAAGUUUUGUUGCUUGAAAUUAAGCGUAUAUACUUUUGUGAAUAGUAAUGAACAAUUGUCAAAAUGAAAAGCAAACUAAAAAAUAUCGUAAAAAAUAUCAUUUUAUGAAAUUACAAGUUAAAAGUUUAAUUAUAGAGAAUGCUGCGUUAUGCGAUGAAGUUGCUAAAAUUCAAGAAAAUAUACAAAUUGUUAAGGAUGAAAGAAAAUUUUUACUUCGAAAACUUCUCGAAUAUGAAAAUGAUACGGAUAUAAGACAUUCUUUCUACGCCUACGAGUCCCUGCCUGUAUCGAAUGGUUCAAAAACAAAAGCAAAGAAACGAAAUAGUCUGGAAGAUAAUAAUAAGAAUAUGUAAUAUUUUCUUCUAAUGCACAGAUAUAUCUAAAACCUUUAAAUAAUUUGUUACUAAGUGAUUACCAACAUUGCAACAUUGUAUUGAGAAUAAAAAUACAAAGAUAAUGCUGAAAAAAAGUAAACUUUUCAAAAUGAAAAUGUAUAGAAGUAGCUAACAAUUUUAGAUAAAUGAUGCUCAGUGAUGUAUCUAUAAUAGUAUUAUAUCUGUUUUUAUAUGAAAA